AAUUCGACGGAUCGAGAGUUGCCCGCUGGCGGGCUAAUAUCGACGAUGACGGCUGCCGCAGAGGCAUGCAGCUUUGCUUUUGGCAAGGAAAAAAACCGCGUGGCCGUGGGGCGCCACGAGUGAAGCAUAAAUAGCGACGAUUUUAAUUUCCAUCGCACCUGCCAGCCCGUGCUCCCAGCUCAACUACGGAUUCGUUUGCUCGACUUUCCAAUCCACGGUUACCGCCUUCGGUGCGGAGCUUCUCCCCGAUCGAAUUACUCCUGGUCUCCGUCGCGUGUCGCGAUAUGAAAAGGAGAACGAACGACGUAUUCCACGUCGAGGAAAUCGAAAAAGGCGAGAUUCGUGUUUCUAGUCGCCGCGAUCGUCGCCGAGGACGCGUUUCUUCGCGCGAUCGAGCAGCGCGACGACCGCCCUGAUUUUCUGCGAAACCUCGAGGACGUACCUCGCAAAAGGAGAACGGACACGGACGAAAUUCAAACGAUAUCUACGAUCGCUUGCAGCAAAUUAAUCGACAAUGAAUCGACGCCCGAUCGGUAUAGAUGCCGCGGCGUCGAUCUGCAAUUGGCAAGGCUAACAGGACACGCGAAAUUAACGCGUAAUUACAUAAGAAAUAAAACAUCACUGCCGAUACGUGUCACGCGUGCAACAGGUGAAUCUCGAUGAAAUACUUAAUCGGAGAUUGUGAUAAAUGUAGACGCUCCACGGUGAUUUCACGCUGCAGUUCCGACGGAAAAUAACAUCGAACGGCACAAACGGUACUCUCUGUCUUACCAAACUUCUAUUUUCUCGCGAAACUAGCAACGAAUACGUAAACGUACAAAGGAAUAAACUGCUGCAACGCCAGAGAACGAUAAAAGGUAGACCGUUGGAGGAAAGCAAACUCGGAGUUAAAGUAUAACUGUCGGUAAAGUAAAACGAAACAGUCACGCUGACAUGGGAAACGCAGUUAACGAACAAAGCAACGAGCGCUGUUAAGUGUAUAAAUAAUAAUACCGAAAUAACGGACAGAAUUCUGUUUAUUGCGUUUUCAGGCCCUCGGGACAAGGAGCGCGUGAAUUUUCGUACGAAAAACGGCUGCCCGCAGGCUUCUGGGACCCUCUCUCCCUCGUUCCUUAUCGCUCUCUCUCCCUCUCUCUCUCCUCUGUCUUUCUUUGUCCAUUUUCGAAAGGCACUUCCCGUGAAACCGUUGAGGGAUUUUAAGUAGGGUGCGGAGCGAGGGUUUGGGUGGGGCGUACCGACGGUUUUGGCUCUCUUUAUUGCACCCUCGUCUGGGUCGGUACCGUGGACCCAAUUCGCUCCAAGACCUCGACGUCGUUAUUGCGUCUCCGUAACGUAUUGUCGACGGGGGAUUUUCUGAUUUGAAUUAUAAAAUCGAGAGACAACCGACAACUAGAUGUCCUUUAAUGGCCGGUGACGUCAUGCCAAAGACGCGAUUAGAACGAGCUUCCCGUUCCAGCGGGUUCAUUAUUCUUAUUGUUAUUAACGGAUGCGCGAACCCUCUUCGGUGUAUCGACGAUACACGACGCGGCCAAGGCUGCGAAAUGGAAACUUAUCCGAUAAAUGCGAAACGGAUUAUUGUUACGUUCCUUAAACUUUUCAUAUCGCUUCGUUUGAUAGUUUUGGGAAACAAGUUUACCCUGAAUCAUGGUAGAGAAUACUCCAAGAAAAACGGGUAAAAAAUGACAUAUCGCAAAAAAAUCUUGAUAACGGGACCACCGGGGAGACAUGCACUAUAAGAUGCAACAGGUUUCAUUACGAUUGGUCAAACCAUCUCGGAAUAAUCGGUGAACAUACCUUAAAUAAAAAAAAAGAAAAAAAAGAAAAUGCAUGUCGAAUUGAGUAACCUCCUUUUUCGAAGUCGGUUAAAAAAUGAUUUCCGAUAACGCUAAACGAUAGCGGAGAAUUUUGAUGCCUCGAUCGAGUGUCGGCAAUCUGCGAUGUCAUAGUGUAAUUUCUGCGUAUCCCAUUCUUUGACGUAAACAAUUUUGAUUCGGAAGGGAGAAAGUUUCCAUUUGUAGGAGAAGCCACGAUCAAAUUAAAUUCAUUCUUCUCCCGAUUCUCGUUUAGUUGGACGUUUCUCGCAGUGUACCGACGGAAACUUUUCACCGAUAUUAAUAAUUAUCCUUCGGGACGAGCAUCGAAGCAAUCGCACGGCAUUUCUCGCGUUAAUGCGAGAAAAAGCACGGCUGUAUCUUUAGACGGCGACUGACGCAGAAAGAUCCGGUUUCACUUGGCUCGGACGCAAACAGACUAUAUUCUAAUCGAGAGGCCGAAAUUUCUCGCCAUGUUAUCGCCUACUUUCGCAAAGACCGCUCUAAAACGAGAGCUGGUAAGCCGUCGUUCGAUCGAUCGAUCGAUUAAACCGAUCGCGUGAUCUCCCCAUAGAAUCACGUGUUUUCCAGCAAACAAGCGCAACUCCCGGAUAUGAACGGAUCGGGAAUAUGCGAUGUCGCCCGGCUAUUUUUAUAAUUUACAAAAAGACUGCCCGCCACUGUUAUUAAUACUCCAUCACUCCAAGGAAGUAGUCGUAAAGAUAUCGCCCCUCUCUCUCUCUCUCUCUCUCUCUCUCUCUCUCUCUCUCUCACGCGCGCGCGCUCUCGAUCCAUGGAACGCGUUCCUCGUUCGAUCGUGCGCAAAAUCGUCGCAAGGCUGCGUAAAAAGGUGAAAUCGCCUUCGAACGCUUCAACGUUCAAGUUCGAUGAAAUGCUUUCGUCUUCGUUUCAUCGAUGAAUUAUUUUUCACUGGAAAUAGCGGCGGAGAACGAUCCAAGUUCGACGCGAAGAAAGGGUUUCGCUGCCGGAUUAAAUUUAACGAUUAAUCGUAGCGCGUGUUCUCUCCCAUCGGUAAUCAAACGCGUCACGGCCGUGAAAGUGCUUAGAUCGUUUGGAGUUUUACUUCGUUUCCGUGGUCACACCGCGAUGGUUACAAAUCGCUGGUUCGACCACCCGUAUACCGUUGCCUUGUCUUUUUUUUUUCUCCAUGUCGGAAACCUGGGUAUCGCGGUAAAGCGGUACAACGAGAAAUCGAUGGUGAAAACGAUUGCGCGAAACGCUUAUUUCAACCGGUACAGCUUAAGUUUGGAAAAUUAACUAUUGGCGUUCGAAUAUGUUUUGUGCCCGUCUCGUGUACCCACCGACUUCCUUCAACGACAACAAAAAUUCGUCCAGUUAUUCAUUGAACAUCAGCUAAUAACAAUUAUCUCAUAGAAAAAAAAAAAAAAACUGUCAUCGACCAACGAUGAUAUAUGCUUACGUAAUUUUCGUGAAUUUCGCGUACCGUGGAAAUUCACCAGUAGAAAACUCUCGACGAAUCGAACGAAUCUAAAGUCCAAGAAAAGUUUCCUCGAAAAUUUAGACAGUAAGAUUGUGAGAGUUUUUCCAGCGUCCAGGCGCCGUAUGGACCGUAGAUUCGUACGAUAAACAGGCUGCGACGACAUCGCGUAUACGUCAGUGUCUGGCACACAUGAGUCAUUCCGGGAGGGAACGGGUACGGGCGCUUGAUGCGCCCACGAUGUAGUCGGCCCUGUGCGGAAAGUGAGCGUAAAUCGCCGAGAUGUUCCGAAGAUGGCCGAAGCGGAACGGUCGUGCGGCAGUCAAGCCCGAGCGAUCCCCCGAUCGCCGUCGUGCGUGCUGGUGCGGCAGGUACGAGGUACGAGUGUACGACGUACGACGGUCAGUAGUGGAUUAGCGGUAACGGGAGCAGCAGCGCUAGCACGAAACGAGCAAGGAAAGGAGAAGAAGGUAUGAUCGCGCGAGUGAUCAACGACGGAAGACAUCGUCGAACGGGUAAAUAACGGAUCGUCGUAUUUACCCAGUGCGGGAGAAACCGUUGCGAAACGAAGGUGUCCUGGAUGCAAACGCUGGCUGCUCCACGGAAUAUGUACGUGCCGAAGGUGGGCGAGGGCCGUGCGAAAAAGUGGCGAAAACUGUGAGAGAGGUGCAGUGGCGGUCGUGGCGGUGGUGGUGGUGGCGGUGGCGGCGGUGUGGCGUUGCUGGUGCUACUUCGGUGUGUAUGCGCGCGUGUAUUGGUGGGACACGCACUUCGCCGGGGCCGUGGUUUCACGUUCUCUCUUUCGCUCCUAUUCCGUCGUCCGUUCCCUCUUUCUCUCGCUCUUACCCCUCUAUUCACCGCGACUAUCCACCUCUUCGUCUCUCGCACGGAGGCCAUCGUACCGAAAGCGACUGAGCCAGGCCAGCCACUACGCAAGAUGGCUGUGUGUCGCUAACGAGAGGCCGACAAACCAAACGGGGAAAAGCCAACCCGGGGAUAAACGGAACAUGCUGCUACGUGAACAUCGGGCCCGUCCCUGAAGAGAGAGACAUUGGCCAAGAAGCGAGAGGGAAUGUGUGACAUGUUCAUCCAAACACAGCAGACGAGUAGCGUCAACGGCAGCAGCAGCAGCAGCAGCAGCAGCAGCAGUAACAACACCGUUCACCACCACAGUAAAAAACGCAAGUUGGAGUACAACGUGAGUCAGCCGGUGAUCCAGCACGCAUUGGUUCAAUCGACCGGCGACUACCAAUUAGACAAUACCGGGCUGCAGCAACGGUACUCCGUGAACGGUGCUAAUACCGCGUUUAGCUCGCUGCACAACAAUAAUGCGCUGCAGAAGAGUAGCCCGAACCAACAGACUCUGGUACGAGCCUCGACGAUCAAGCUCUUAGACACGUACCAACGCUGUAGCCAGAAGAGAAAAACUUGGUCGAGGGAGGGUAAUGGUGACAGUCUGGCAGUCCAUUCCGCCAACGCGACGAACGCAGUGGGUAGUACUGUAGUGUCGCAGCACCAUAAUCAACAACAACAGCUGCAACAACAACAACAACAGCAGCAGCAACAACAGCAGCAGCAGCAGCAACAACAACAACAACAACAACAUAAGCAGACAGGCAUGACGGCGCACAGCAAGCAAGUAACCAACGCUGCCAAUGGAGGCGGUGGCAGCAACCCCCAAGGCGACGGAGAUUACCAAUUGGUUCAACACGAAGUUCUUUAUUCUAUGACCAAUCAGUACGAAGUCCUCGAAUUUCUAGGCAGAGGUACUUUCGGACAGGUCGUGAAAUGCUGGAAAAAGGGAACCAACGAAAUAGUGGCCAUCAAAAUUUUGAAGAACCAUCCAUCGUAUGCGCGCCAAGGUCAGAUUGAGGUCUCCAUCCUGUCUCGACUUAGUCAGGAAAAUGCGGAUGAGUUCAAUUUUGUGCGCGCUUACGAGUGUUUCCAGCAUAAAUCCCACACCUGCUUGGUCUUUGAAAUGCUAGAGCAGAAUCUGUAUGAUUUUCUGAAACAAAAUAAAUUUUCACCCCUACCCCUCAAAUACAUCAGACCGAUUCUCCAACAAGUACUCACUGCUCUUUUGAAACUUAAGCAAUUGGGGUUGAUUCACGCGGAUCUUAAACCAGAGAACAUCAUGUUGGUGGAUCCAGUACGCCAGCCUUACCGUGUGAAAGUUAUCGAUUUUGGUUCGGCCUCUCAUGUGUCGAAAGCUGUCUGUAACACGUAUUUGCAAUCGCGAUACUACCGUGCGCCUGAAAUUAUUCUUGGACUUCCGUAUUGUGAAGCGAUAGAUAUGUGGUCGCUCGGCUGUGUAGUUGCAGAAUUGUUUCUAGGAUGGCCUUUAUACCCUGGUAGCUCUGAAUACGAUCAAAUUCGAUACAUAAGUCAAACGCAAGGCCUACCAACGGAACACAUGUUAAACAAUGCCAGCAAAACAACUAAAUUCUUUUAUAGAGACAUGGACAGUACAUAUCCGUUUUGGCGAUUAAAAACACCUGAAGAGCACGAAGCUGAAACUGGUAUCAAAUCUAAAGAAGCAAGAAAGUAUAUUUUUAAUUGUCUCGAUGAUAUUGGUCAAGUUAACGUUCCGACCGAUCUGGAAGGUGGUCAACUUUUGGCUGAAAAAGCAGAUAGGAGGGAGUUCAUUGACCUCUUGAAGAGGAUGCUCACAAUGGACCAGGUAGAGCGUCGGAUAACACCCGGAGAGGCUUUGAACCACGCUUUUGUCACUCUAGCUCAUUUAGUCGAUUAUGCACACUGUAACAAUGUCAAAGCUUCCGUCCAAAUGAUGGAGGUUUGCCGACGAGCAGGUGAUUUUACAGCAAGUCCAGCGCAUCAUCAAGCUCCACCAGCACCUCAACCACCUCCGCCAACAUCAUUGGUAGCUAACUUUGUGCCAACGACAAAUGGCAGUGCUGUUACUUUCACCUUUAACAAUCAGUUGACCAAUCAAGUGCAGCGAUUAGUCAGAGAGCAUCGUACUGCUCAAACAGGAUACGACAAUCUGUAUCAAAUAUACAGUAACAGUAGCCGACGCGCAACUCAGUACAGUAGCUCAUCUAGCGGAUCGAAUAGUGGUCGAAACGGAGUACACGACUUUCCACAUCAAUUGGUGCCUGGUCUGCUUUGUCACCCACCCAGUUAUCAGACGAUGCCAAGUCCUGCGAAACACGUAGUUGUUGCUCAACCUCCGCAAGCGCAACAAGGACCUCUGCAGAUUCAACCAUCCAUCAUAUCGCAGCAAGCUGUCGCCGCGGCGGCUGCGGCUGCUCAACAACAAUACGCGGCGGUACCUGUUUCUAUGGUAGAAACUGGGCGUCAAAUGUUGCUAACGAACGCUGUACAAACCUCUUGGCCCGGCGGAAGCCGUCAAAUGGCUGCUAUUGUACCAUCAUGGCAGCAAUUGCCACCGCAACAUGCAGCCAUACAGCAGCCAUUACUGAGCGAUGCUGGAGAUUGGGGAAGACCUCUUAUCGUAGACAGUUCUGCUAUCUUGCAGGAUCAGCGGCCAGUAUUUCCUGUCACGGAGGUUUACAACACCAGUGCCCUCGUCGAACAUCCGUCUCAAGGUUGGGGUAAACGUACCGGAACGAAACAUCAUCAACACCACGUGACGGUACCCCAACAGUCUCAACAUAGGCACGAACAUAAGAAAGAGACGCAACAAUUGAGUCCCGUGAAAAAGAGGGUAAAAGAGAGCACACCUCCGAGCAAUAUGAGACGACAUUCUCCUACGAGCGGUCAUUGGCAACAACAGACAAUGCAACAGCAUCAUUACAGUGGCAAACACGGCAACAGCCAUAACGCAGAGCAUCAUCAGGUUACAUCUGGUCGACAACAAACCAUCACGAUUCACGAUACACCAUCGCCGGCAGUCUCUGUCAUCACGAUCAGUGAUAGCGAGGACGAAACACCUGGUAAAUGCUGUGGAGAUCGUCAAUGCGGAGCCUGUCAAAAUUUGGCAACUCGCCUGUCUGGCGAUGGACGUCCAGUCCGCGAGGAAGUCAUCCGAAGUACGCAGUCGACACCACGCGUAGUCCAACCGAUGCAACAGACUCAUUCGAGUAGUCAGUCCCAUACCAACGGACACGUUGUAGCGCAUAGCUCCUCUCAGAGAGCGCAACGAAAAAAUAUUAUCAGUUGCGUGACAGUCGGUGACAGCGACGGUGAAGCUAGUCCAGGCCGAGCGCAUACUCAUCUAUACCAACAUUUACCGCAGCAUCCUCAGCAUCAGCAGACUACGCAGUUAAUUAAACAUGAACCUCAGCAACAACACCACGUCAGCAGCAGCAGCUCCGUAUAUUCUUCUCAAUCGCAAAAGAAACGAUUAUUGGCAAAAGUACAGUCCGAGUGCAAUAUGGUAAAUGUUGCGACGAAGCCGGAGCCCGGCGUUGAGUACCUUGCUCCACAUCCGUGUCACGCGCCAGCUUGCAAAGAGCCACCGACCUAUCAGGAUGAUGCCUAUGACAUGCAUGACUACUUCUUGCAGUAUGUGACCACGAGUAGCGCGCAUCCGCAUCUUCAAGAGCAGCACAUCGUGUACACGACCGGCACGGACAAGCGGGUAUCAUGGCCUGGAAAGAGAGCCGAGUACAAGCACGAGUACGUUCAACCGCCAGCUGCACAUUCGAGAGACCACCAAAAAUGGGCGGUCGCCAACACUGUGCAUCAGUAUAGGCAGAGCCAGGUGGUGGGUUCGGCAGCCCAUCCGGGUCAUACCCACAGUCAUCAUGGGCAUCCGGCCCACCUGAGUCCUGGGGGCGGUGGCGGGGGCAGAAGUCCUGCAGGGGGACCUGUAAUAGGAAGUGCCCAGCACCUGGGACAACCCCUGUACCAGGAGUACGCCCAUGUGCGUUCAAGAGCCCAUGCCGUGCCACCCCCGGUGUACGUUACCGCCGCGCCUUCUCAGGCUCCUACUGCUAUCCAGCAGCAACAAGUGCCCACCUAUCAGGGAUUCACACCCGGGUGGGUACCUAGACACCUAGUUGAUGCAUGCAUCUCCUCUCCAUUAACGUUGUAUGAUUCUAGUCGAGCGUUGCCACCACCAGCUCAUCACAGCUCGGCCAGACCGUUGCUCGCGAGUCAUGCAGCGCACCCACUGCCUGCACAUAUGCAGCCAACGGCCGUAUACGGAUUGGCCCCGCUUUCGCCGGCCAAACAUCAAUAUCAACCUUCUGGUUUGUGGUUCACCGAGUAAAUUGUAUCUCUUGCCUAGCUAGAAAGGGAAGAUAUCAAAUGGCACACGAAAAUUUACGCGUUACCAGAUUAUAAAAAGGAUGAUCGAACGAAAGGAAAAAGAAAACCCACCAGAUAUAUCCUAUCCAUUCAUUCCUCGCGAACUUUCUACUAGCGAACGAAGGGAGCCCUUCGCGAUACUGAUGCUGCUAUCGACCAUACGCAAUGAAAACCCAUUAUAAGGCUUACAAGAAAAUUCACGACUGAAAGUGACUCGAUCGAGUCCCAAACCAACGUAGAAGUCGCUCUACAACAUUUCACUUUCUGACAAUCCGUCCUAAGCAGCGAUUGCUCCUUUCAAAACUGCCCGUCUGUUAACGAAUCGAGAUAUUCAUCGUUUCGAACGUAUCGAAAGCAGACGAACAUGAUACGAGGAUUGGAUUAAGUGAUGGUUUCGUUGAUGUUUCAUUACACCCAUUUGGUGUUGGGAGAGUUAUCUUUUUCGUUUCGUUCGAUGAAACGAGGUUGCAUGUCGAUGAAAAGUACAAAAGAAAAGGCGAGAGAGAGAGAGAGAGAGAGAGAGAGAGAGAGAGAGAGAGAGAAGGCUUUUUUAUGCUUUCCGUCGCGCAACACUAUUUCCUCAGUGAACCAUUUCCUAUGGUGAUUUGUUAUAUUUGUAUUAUUUUCUGAACUAUUACUUUGAUAGUACACCGAUCGACGUACAAUUUUGUCCGGCUUAGACGGCGCAUGUUAUAUGUAUACGUGACAGAGUAUGUACGCAUAUGGUACAGUAUUUGUUGAGGUGUUGUCACGAUUUUUAUUUAACAGCGAGAAAAUUUCAUCUACUCGUUCAAGACGUCCGACAACUUUUCAGAAAAUACUGUACACGUGUAUUUCAUACUCAACGUUUCCUGACUUUUGGGAGGGCGAAUGUAGUUAUCGCGCCAAAGAAAAUUUUACUAGGACGUUACGAAAAGAUGAUUAAUUAGGCGAUUUCGCUCGAAUUCGCAAAAACCAAGGAAAUUAAUGCGCAAUUUAAGCAGAUAAAACCGGCGACGUUGGUGAUUCGGUAAAACUGUAUUACUUUACCGUAAAACGGCAAACGUAAUUUAUUGAACCACCGCGUUGAAAUGGGGCAUAUAAAUGCAUUUCUUUUACGAUGAUACGUCAAACACGUAUCAUACACAAUUGUUUUUAAUGCUCGGUGACAAAGUUAUCUUUGAUUCGGUAGAAUUUACGGUCAUUCGACGGCGGUGAUAUUUUAUUGCUUUCGCCUGGUUAAAUUUCGACCUGGCUAGAAGGUUUUUGUUGUCGAGCGCAACGACAGGCUUGAACGUUUCAAACGUUCUCUUUUCAAAACGUGGACACUUUUCAAUUGUACGCGGACAUACGUACGUAUAUACACACGCAUCUAUACGCGGUAUAUCGAUUAAUUGUAAAAAUGUGUUUCGAGUUUUAUCGUUCUAGGUUUAUUUCAAACGGUCUCAAGUAUGUUUAUGUGUCGUAAUAACUAAACAAUCUUGAGACGAUACCCGUUAAUAUACGGAAAUAAUGCGUGCAGUUAAGUUUAGAAUCGAAUACCUCUUACGUUUCGAUUCAAAUGGUGAGAGAUUGAUUGUGCACGGUAAUUUGUAUUUGACAAAAGCUGUGUCUCCUCGCAGCAGCCUCACUAUUUAUUUUAAUCUCAUAAUGAAUCAUAUCAUCCCGUCGCCGUAACUAUUAAUGGUUAUUAUUACUAUUGCAACUAGGUAUCGCUGAUUUUAAGAUUGCCAGCAGUUCGCAAUUUCACCUAUUUUUGUAGAUAUCACGUUCUAGGUGAAAUUACGUGAUAGGAUUGUUCAAGAAUGAAAUUCGCAUCGGAAUCGUGCAUGUUUGCAUUAACGUUCGAUUCUUUUUUCUAUAUCGUAUUUCAACGUUUUGCAUUUCACCGAGGAUUGUAGCUUUAAAAAUGUACACGUAGGGUACAUUGCACAAAUCCGUGGUAUACAAUUUAUUAGUGCGAUCCAAACAUGGCCAAUUAGGACUCAUUGAAGUGCUAAACUGAAUUUCAGGAGGGAUUAGAAUUGAUUCGUAAAACAUAUUUUCAAAUACAGUUUCUAUCGAAAAGAAGUCUUCAUUGCAUGUAUUACAAUAUCGAAUAAUACACAAACACACAUACACACACACACACACACACACACACAAAAUUAAAUACACUUUUUCUUCGUUAUACAUUCUAUACACUCUGACGUGACGAACGCGUCGAUGAGUGCAUGUUUUUAGUGAUUUCUUCUUGUCUGUUCCCCUCGUCGAAUCAUGUUCUUCCUUCUUGCACUUUUUCACGACAUUAUAAACGAAAGCGAUGUUUAAAUGUCUAUUUAUAAAGUGUAUUCAUAACGUCGAACGAGCUACAUCACGUAUACACGUGAAUAUCCAAAUUAUCGAAUUGUACAUACUUAUUGCGAAUGGCUCUCUUCCUAGAUUUCGAUGUUUUUGCAGCUGUAAAAUGUUAGGUCGCGCAUACCAUUCGUUUACUCGUAACGCUUAAAAAGAUAAAAAAAGGAAAGGAUAAAGAUUUUUUCGCGUGUCGACGCGUAUCUCGUGUUUUUUAAUGGAAUGACGCUUAGGCAUUGUUUUGCUAAUUAUUUUGUAUACAUAGUUGUAUGAUAACUUGUACGAGAUAUUAACUGUGGUACGUUGAUUAAAUAGAGUGAUCCAUGUCCAGAGUUUAAUUAGAAGUAUUUUACAUGUAGAGCGCGAGUGUGACUGAAUGAAAGGGAGUUCUAGAGAUAGAAGGGAUAAAAAGAAUGCUACGUAGAGAAAGAGAGAGAGGGAGAGAAAGUUACUAAGUGAAAUUUUAAAUACUUUACCACAAUAUCGCAAGACUAAUAGAAAUUUACAACAUUUGAAUAAAUACUAAACGACGACGCUGUUAAUUUGCUACUUUCGAUCGAUAGGAUAUAGACGUUGAUAUCGCUAUUAGGAAAUAACUGUUACGUGACAAAUUUUCUAACAGUAAUUAUUUGUUUCCAUAUUAUCAAAUUUGUGCAGCGCGUCUACCGAUACCAAUUGGCUUUUCCGAUAUUCUUCUUUCGACACACACGUACACACACAAAAUAAAAUAGAAAAAUUAUAUGUAACCAAGUCGAUGUGCCUGUUUAAUCAUACUUACGAUUAAUUAUAUUUAACAUUUACAUAUUUACUGCUAUCGAGGGAGAGUGAAAGGCGACGACGAAAGAAGGGUGCGCGCCUCUUUUUCGGUGCGUCAUGAAAGAGUUGCAGUACAGAAAAAAAAAGAAAAAUAGAAUCAACGUGAAUUAAUUAACAUACCAGCAGUUUUGCGCACUUACGUGUGUAUGUGUGUAUAUAUAUAUGUAUGUAUGUAAUGUAUGCUUCCAUAGAGCGUAGGAGGUUGUAUAGCAUAGAAGAAAACCUACCUUCUCUUCUCGCAUAUCGCGAGAUAAAGUCAUAUCCUUAGAUUUCACACACUUUUACUACCGUAAAGAAGACCAUUGUUAGUAAUAAUAUACGUGCGUGUUUACGCGCACAUAUGCAUGUGUGUAUGCGCGCGUACUCGCGCGUGUGUAUGUAUAGAAACAGUUUUGUUUUAUUCCUUUGCGAAUCGAUACAUUGAACAAACACACAUUACACGGUGUACACGCGGCAGUCGUACGAAUAUAGUCAUUUCUUAUGCUUCAUUUUCGCCUCUGUGUACAUAUUCGGACGUAUAUUUAGAUAUAUACGUGUCACUAGUUGUAGGUGGAAGUUUUCUCAGUCAGGUUUUCGUUUCUUUCAUCCAAAGAGCAAGUUUUGACUGACGAUGCAAGAAUUUUGUAAAACAUUAGCAUUAAGAACUGUAAUUAUCGCACCGUAGUUCGGAUUAACCACAGAUUAGAUUAUUUUAUUAUUACAUUCACCGUUGUUAAUAGCGUGCUGUGGGGCAUACAAAGUAUUCUCUGUAGAUUUCAUUCUAAGUAGUAGCGUUUGAAGUCAAAUAUCGAUUACUGUCUAAUGAGUAGAAAAUAUUGUGGUCGAUGUAUUACUAAUAACAGCUUUUGGGUUUACAAAGUGUGGUGUAUACGCUACUCGCGCAUGGUCCUAUGUUAUAAUAAUAGUAGUUUCUCUCUUAGAUGUAGAUCGUCAGUCAGUACAAGCUCAAGAGUCAUGUUCAACGCAGUCAUCGUUACUUUUAACACACAUUUUUGCUGUACGGCUUAGAAGUAAGCGCGUCGCUGCAACGGGGAGUAUCUAAUUAACACAUAGUAGAUGCUAUUACUAUAUAUACGUGUAUAUAUACGCGGGAAAACAAAUUGACUAAAAAAGAAAAAAGUAUACCGUAAAUUGUAUCGAUGGUUCUAGUUGUGAUAUUUUAUUAAAUAUUAUGUAGCGUGGAUAUUCGUAUAGCGAAUAUUGUUUCGGUCAGGCCUUUUUGAAAUGGCCAAACGUGUACGCGGCGUAAAAUGUAAUCACGUAUGGAAACGUAUAAUCAUGAUGUUAACGAUCCAGAAGAUUACACGUUACCGCAAAUUUGUCACUUUCGAUCGGACGAUAGGACGCGUUAUUUUGUUUGCUCGCCAACAUCCACUCGAUUAAUCUUACGUAUCGGAGUAUUCUCGUUAACGUGGCGUUGAUCCUUUUGCCGUCGAUUAUCCAUUUGCGACAAAUCGAAGACUGUUCGCGAUAGGCCCUCGCUGCCACGUUGCCACUCUAAAACCGACGACUGACUUGCAACAGAACAUUUUAAUGUAACGCGAGCAUUCGCUUAGUUUGGCGGACUAACGAGCGACGAACCGAGCCGUUCUUGAGCUCGAUCGUGCUCCACUUGGUCUGUCGGUUUUUUCACGAACCUCUUUGAUCGUCUACUUUUCACUGAACUGAGUAGGAAGCAUCGAGAGAGAAUUCAGCCGAGAGUUCGAAGCGAGCAUUCGUGAUUCCAAAAAGGACCUUGUAAUGUAACGUUGGUGUCGAACCGUACAAUUCGUGCCGAGCAGUUACAUUACAGCGUUCUGUUGCAAGUCAGUCGCCGGUUUUAAAACCUGCUAAAGGAAACAAAUGUUUUCAGCCGAUACCAUUGAUUUCACGCGUGUCGAGCGUAAGUCUAACAGUCGUGUCUUCCUUUCGGGUGACACGAUGAUACACGGAGACAAAUACACAUACACGCAUACAUAUACUGAAAGCUAUUAUAGAGAUAGGAUUAUUUUAAUCGUUUUUAAAUUUGUACAUACGUUUCUUAUCGCAUCAGGGGAAAGGGGGAGCGAAGUGAUUUAUUAGUGUAGGUGUAGUGCCUAAAAUGUUGUAAUGAGAUUGUGUCCAAUAGUGAGUAUAUUUAGCGUGGAAUCUCUAACGAUCGGUCGGGAUCUUCAUACAAAAGGAAAUACGAAUGAAAGAGAAAAUAAUCGAAAAGAGGAGACAUGAAAGAGUAGUCGUAGAAAGAUACGUGAUAAGGGUGAGGCUUUUCUUGAAAGUAGGUUCCGAAACACAAAACGAAAGGACGUUCGGCGACCGAGUUCAGUACUGUUGGAAAUGCCCGAUACUCGCGUUGAAAUGGCCAGAACCGAGGAUAAAAUACUGGAAUCAAAGGGGGCAGAUGCAUGAAAAAAGAUUACGUUUUUUCGUGAACUUGGAAUUUAACGUUCGAUCGCGUUGUAUGGGAUAGUUCGUAUAAAGUUAUUAUACAUUAUCACUGUAAACAGAGUAACUGACAUUUUUGAGGAAUAGAUAAUUUAGUUAUAAAUAUAGGGAGAGAAUAACAUAUUUUUGGAGUUACUACUAGAAAAUUGAUAUUGUAUUGUGCUCUGUGAGUUCUUAAGCGUUUGUCUUCUUGCGUUCUUUGGACUUUAAUCGUCGGAAAUUGCUCAUCACAAUCAGACCACAUUUACACCAAAAUAAGGAAAAUUAAGCAGCGAUCGUACCACCAUGAUUGCGCGAUCAACACGAUUGUUCUGAAUUUCGGUAGAAGUUUGCUCACGAUCUCGCAGAGUAAAUGGUACGCGCGUUAGCGCGAGAGAAAUUACAAUAGUUCGUAAUUUUUAAAAGAAAAAGGAACACAAUUUUUUCGAAAUUUUAAAACGAUACGACGAAUCUGUUUGUCCGCUCUCCGUACAAUGGUUCGAUAGUUUUCUCGAUGUAUAUAAAUGAGAGUAAAUGAAGUCCGAUUAGGGGAAGCAAGAUCGUAAAUGAUAGAUCGCGCGGGUAAAUUAGGAUAGAAUCGAUGAUUCACCUAUCUGACUGUUCUUCGAUGUUCUUAAUGUUCACUAUUACACUAUGAUAAUGUCGCAAAUUAAUAUUAACGGUGUUAUUUGUAUUAUAUAUAUACGUUCGUCGACUUACGCAUAAUGCUAUACAAUUAAACGAUUAAGCGAUAGAUUUAACAAGGAGGUAAAUAUUCGUGUACAAAAAGGAAAACAUACAUCACCGUUUAGACGUUGUUAGUCGUUAACAAUUUUUCAUCUUUGUGGGUGACGGAUUUUUUAGAUUGAUAAUUAAUUAGAUACGCCUUGGCAUAUAGUUAGAACAGUAUCUUCGCUGUGGAGGGAAGUAGAAAAAUUUAAUGUUUCAACGUUCAUAUGGUUUACGAUUAGUAUUCUUUGUUUCUUCCUUCUCGCUCUUAACGACACUCGCAAACGUUUCGUUUGUUUCGUUCGUGGCACGUAACCAUAUUCUACUUUUGUCUACUCGUUAUGAUGCAGAGCUAUUCGAGACGGAUAGGAACUUUUUCUACGCGCCAUUCCGAGAACACUGGUUGUUUGUUCUUCGUCGUUUGUUCGCUUAGUCUUCGAAGUAUUUCUAGUUUAGAAGAUUAUGGAAAUUUCCAAGUGUUCUUGGACGCAAACAGAACUCUAAUUUCACUAUGGUCUGGGUAUUUUCUUUGUGGACUCACCGUCGUUGAUAUUUGUCUUCGCGGUGGUCGUUGAAUGAAACCGAGGAAACGAAAUGGAUGCCCGAUAAUAAGAAAUUCUAGAGAAAACGAAUCGUAACGAGGUUAACACAGGUCUAUCGAACAACAGCUCCGUGAAAUUUAGAAGUUUAUACGAUCUUACGAAUAAGCCGAACUUGCUAUUAUCGAUAACACCUAUCGCUGUAUGGCUAUACUAUACAUAUAUUUGUACCAUAUAUGAAUGUUCGUCUUUUGUGUAUUUUAAUUAUACUAUGACAGUAGUAGCGCCAUUUAUACUAUUAUUAUUAAUAAUCGUUCUAACAUUGUUGUGGUUACAAAUACUAUUGUAUUAUUUUUUAUCGAUGUCGUACGGGCUAUUACAACUGAUUCUAAAUACGCGACUUAGUUAACACGUUCGAUUUUUAUUGUGUCUCUUAGUCUUAAAUCGAUGGCUCGAAAUUGGUAUACAUCGUAGAGUUUCAAUCCGUCGAUCGAAUCUGUGAAGCACGUCGAUCUUUUCAUUUUUCACGACGACAAUGAUUUAACGUCUUGUUCUUUGAUUGAAAUUUUCUCAAUUUCAUUGGAAUUAUUUUCCAAACGUCUUUCUGCGAAAAAUUUUCGUAGCAUCGCCUUACCGGUAUAUUACUAUCGAUAUGUAUGAUAAUUACACACAUACACAUAAUGCACACGUGACACUCGUCGAGUAGAUAAGUCAUGCGUGCCGUCGAUUAAUAUACUAUUUGCCAAACUUCUUUAUCCCGUUAUACUUAUGGAUACAGCUGUAUAAAUGUAUAAACUAUAAUUACCGCGUUCACUCGAGUUUGUCGAUGUUACCUACGUCUUUCGAACGUUCAGUUCGCAUGUGAUCGGUGCUUCAUCGGAAAUAAGUUACUAUGUAUAAAAAAAAAAAAGAAGAAAAAAAAAACAACUUGAACUUGAUUCUAUUAAAUCCGAGAUACAUUUAUGUUUUGCAUUUUAAACCGUUUAUGGCUGGAAGUAUCUUGUACGAAUACUAGUCCCACCACUAUCGAUCGACGAAUGUUAAUGUAUAUAUUUUAUACUUAAAAAUUUCUUAAACCGUAUUGGCCAGAAAUCAUAGUCGAUCCAUAGUUGAAGGACACGGCAGUAUAUAAUUUUGUUGCGAAGGUCGCUAAGUUCAAGAAAUCGUUUAACGUAAAUACUUUUGACCCGCGAAGAAUCGAACGAUAUUUUCUACAUUAAUUAUUAUCGGUCGUGAGACAGAUUUCGAUUCGAUAAACUCGAAUGCGCGUGGAUCUUUCGUAUGACCACGUAUCUAGCAACAUAGUAACUCCGAUUCAUCGCUCGCCGAAGCGAUGCGAGAGUAAAGUGAAGUUUCUAAAAGGCGGUAUUUAGCGUAAGAAAAGAAACACAAAACGAAAGAAAUGAAAUGAAAAAAACUGUUUUUUAAGCUUUCGCAGAAAGUCUGUCUCAAAGUAUUAUUAAAACACUCAGGCUGCGCCGAUUGUGUUUACCCGCGUCGCGUACCGUGCACGCUGGGCACAAUAGCGAGGUCGUCGGAUGUGAAAUGGUGUUUAAUCGGAGAUGGGCAAAUUUUUAUUCGAAUAAUAAACGACGAAUGAAAACACGGUGUCGCGAUUAAUUGGCUAAGCUCCUUCGUUCACCGUGAAUUGUAAUUCUAUAUUAUAAUUCAAAUUAUAAUUUUUCCUUGACAAAUAAUCGAUCAAAAGUUGUGUAUCUUUCGUUCGUUAUUCGAAAUAUAUAUCUAUGCCCAUGUCUGUGUUUAGCGAUAAUCGGGUAUCGAAUCACCGAGACGCGGCUACGUCGGUUACUUUUCAAUUUAUUUUCAACGACGAACUGUUUGCUUCUUAGAACUGUUAACAAGAGGAGUUUUUCUAAUUCCGGUUUGAAACAACUGUUGUCCUAACGGAAACACUAGCCGAUGAUCAAUUUGUUUAUCAGUAGAGCGUGCCUUAUAUCGACGAGCCAACCAGGAUUCUUUCUGAAUUUCGUUCGACCGGGCUAAUCCUUUUCUAAAGUAACUUUUAUCGUCUCGCAUUCGCAUCCGACUAUUUCUUCGAACACCAUUUCUCUCUCCAUAUAUGUUACGUAAUAAAAUGAAAAUGAAUGAGAUGUCUAUUGCUUGCGCGUGCGACGAAUUAUUUCAGAGGUCGACCAGAGUACAAAGCGUAGGUUUAGUUUGGUCUUGGAAAUAGUUCGCGCACGCAAUUCGGAAUCGAUGUCGUCGUCGAACAUACGAAAACCGAUUAAAAUUAAGCGUUAACGAGAGAAAGAGAAAAUGAAAAACAAAGAAAAAAAAUGUAGCGUUGAAAAUGUAUACCGGAAAACGCUGUUACGUUUCCGGCGUUGCGUCGACCGAACAUGCCCGAGUUCCGUUGUUUGGCUUCUUUUGUAUCCGACAAUAAAAGAAAUGGAAGAAACGCGCGUCGACGACCGGCGCGGGAACGAAGGGACGAGAGCCGAAGCGCUCGGCGUUCUUCGAUGUCCACCGCGAAUCAAUUACCAGAGACAAAUCAAAAGUACUUAGGUUUAAAUCGCUUCGCGACCGAGCGUGUGACCCACGUCACUCCGAUGCUACCGUGGCAGCCGCUGAAUAUCGCGAAAUACAAUCGAUGUACCAAGGCUCGUCACUCGGUCGACGCAACGUCUCUCGGGGCUUUUACGGACGAAACACUCGGUAGCAAACUAUUCUCGUCUGAAACAAUGCGAGGAUAGAAUAUCGGUUGUUGAAGGAAUAGUGGCUUGAAAAUUCUUGCGAUGACUCUGUUGGUCACUCGGUAACAUACUGCUAAAUGUCUCGGCCGAAACAGCCUCACCCGGACAGAGAACGCGCGGAACACGUUAACGUUUAAGCAACCAAACAAUUCUAAUCUCAUCGCGACGCAGCUCGCAACUACUACAAACGAUUCACGGAGAUGUCUCGUGUUAGUCUAUCGCGCGACUCUGCGAACGACGCGCGUUGCGUGCAGAGUCGAGCACCUUUGUUUGUACAAUUGUUAAUUAAAUCAGUAAUUGUAAACUUGUAAUUUGUAAUCUUUGAGAGCAAAUCGUGUCUGAGUAUUCAUAAAUCACGAGUAAUCUGUAAUUGUAACGAUACAUUUUGCUCGGCACUGGCGCAGAGCGAUUGUUCGAAUUGGAGGAGCGAAGAGAGAAAGUACCGAGUUUCCUUCUGUUUUGGUAGUGGCGAGCUUCGCAUUUUUCCGAUAACAGGGGUCUUAAAAAAACUAAUCGGUGACGACUUACUUAACGAAACGUCUCUCAAUUUUUAAGUCGCGCACCGGCAUUUAGAUGGUGCAUAUAUCCUUGGGGGCAAGAAGUCUAUUUGAUAUUUAUAUUUUAAUAUACACGGGCCGAUUAUAUUUAGUGUAUUGUAAUUAUUGAAUAUAUUAACUGAUAGCUCCGGGGACUUGCUCGUACAGCGAUUCGAAACGAAUUUGUCGUGGCUGUAUCACGGGAAAACGGGAUCAUACGCGAAUGAAAUUGGCGUUGAACGAAAGUGCCUCGAUGGACGAGCAGGCCGCCGGCGUGAAGAACCACGAUUUUCUGUAUAUUACUGUAGUAUAAUAAUCAAACACUAAAGACUAAUGCUUAAGGUGAUCGACCGAGAGCUUCGACGCUCUUCGAAGCCGCGUAAGUGUAUUCGAGAUAUUACUAUAUGCAACCUGAAAGAUCGAAUACAAGGGAAAGUACGAAUGUGAAAUGAAGAAUUUGGUACGAAACGAGAGAGUGAGAGAGAGAUACACGCAAGCGGUACAGGCGUCUCACUGUGUUUUAAAUGGUUAAUAAAUGCAAAUGUCCGUGUAACUCACUCGGACACUUCUUGAACUGA